AAUGAUAUUAAGACUCCAAUAGCGAUGCAAGAAAUUAAUGAAGCGUACAUCGCAUGCGGUUUCGGAUGGUUCCACAUCCGGCUACUGGCUAUAUCGUUUGUGGGCUUCGUGGCGGGGGUUUUGGUCAGCAACAGCACUGCGUACCUGCUCCCCAGUGCCGAAUGCGAUCUCAACAUGUCGUUGGUGCAGAAAGGCUUACUGAAUGCUAUACCUUACUCAGGAAUGCUGCUCUCGACCGUGAUAGCCGGAUUCCUAACCGACACUUUUGGGAGGAAGACUUUUGUUACUCUCGGAUUCGGAGGGAUGUUUAUAUUCAUGUUCAUUUCGGCUUCAAGCCAAACUUACGAAGUAUUGAUCACGGCAAAAUUCUUCGAGGGUAUUCUAUUUGCAACAUCCUUCAGUGCGGCGGUAACGUUGACAACCGAAUACUGCCACAAUCGAAUCAGGGACCGAGUUUUCCUAUGCCAGUCGUCUUUCGCCGCUAUUGCACAAAUUAUCAUUGCUGCGAUGUCAUUUGCGAUAUUAAUGAAUGAUUGGAAAUUUAAUCUGGGAGGUUUUUUGGAACUGAACACUUGGAAUUUUUACCUAUAUCUGAUGUCUUUGUGGUCAGUAUCAGCGUGUUUGUUGUACACGAUUUUCAUUCCCGAAAGUCCAAAAUACUUGAUAACGCAGAAGAAAUUCACCGAAGCGAGGAAUAUAUUAAUCAAAAUGUAUACAAUGAAUACUGGUAAACCAGAGAACACAUUUCCGUACCCAAACUUAUGGAAAGAUAAGCUGCCACAGCAAGUCGAAGAAGCUUCGAAAGAAAAUCUAUGUAAAGCUUUUAAACACCAGAUUGUCGUCGGGCUAAGAAAUGUUAAACCAAUGUUCAGGAGACCUUUGGUUUUGUAUCUGCUAAUGAUUAGUUUCUCGCAGUUUUUGAUAAUGGGUGUGUACAACGUAUUGAGAUUAUGGUAUCCUCAAUUGUCGACUAUUGUCGAACACUACAGUACGGGAUCUAACAGUAAUUUGUGUAGCAUGUUGGACGCUUACACAGCUGACCUGAAGACCGCUGUGACUAACUCGUCGAGCUCCGACGUCUGUGUGGUGACCCCAAGCGGAGCUGAAACAUACAUAAACAGCAUGAUUAUUGGCUGCGUCUGUCUCCUACCGUAUUUCGUCUCCGGGGUUAUCGUCAACCGUGUUGGGAAGAAACCAUUGCUGAUCGCAGCUGGCGUGAUCACUACAGCCAUAACUUUAAGCGUUCAAUGGGCCGAUUCCAAAGCAGCUAUCGUAUCCCUUUUUGCUAUCGAUACAGCUGUGGGUCAGGUUUUGUUGAGCUUGAAUCAGGCCUUGACAGUUGAGUUGUUUCCGACAACAACUAGAACGUUGGCUAUUUCUAUGAUAAUGGUGGCUGGGAGGAUUGGUACCUUAACAGCGAAUGUGGCGUUCCCGGUCCUUCUUGAUCUGGGCUGCGGAGUACCAUUUUUCACGUUGACCGGAAUGGUCAUGUGUGUAACUGCGAUAUCUUUGUUCCUGCCUUCUGCGAAGAAGUAACUACGCUAUCCGGUGUCUCUUUAAAAUGGUCACAAUGAGAUCUUAAACAAAGUGGA